AUGUCACGGAGAUCCAGCCAGGCAGCGUACUUGAAAGAGUCGCUUCAUCCAGAACUAUCGCAUAACCACCACCACCAUUCUCUCACUGGAGAGGGGCCAUUUCCAGAGCAGGUGUUUGCGCCACAUCUGGUCGACGACGAUUUGGAAGUUAGCUCUACCACAUCUACCAAAGAGGAAGAGAAUGAUCCGUUCCUGGUUCAUUUCAAGGAAGGCGACAAGGCAAACCCUAAGAACUUUUCGAAACGGCGCAAGUGGGUCAUCACUGUGUUUACCUCUGUUCUUUGUUUUGCAGUAUCGGUCGGGUCAUCCAUGCCAACCAGCGAUCUCCGUGGAGCGGCAAAGUCGCUGGAUGUGGGCAAUGUGCCCAUCAACCUAAGUAUCGCGUUGUUCGUGGCAGGGUUUGGUUUCGGCCCGCUGUUUUUCGCGCCACUGAGUGAAAUCUUUGGACGGUGGGUAAUCUAUGUCAUUUCGGGCUUCUUGUAUUUCAUCUUUACGUUGCCAUGUGCACUGGCGCCUAAUCUUGCUACACUUCUCGCAAGCCGCAUGAUUUCAGGGUUAGCGGCAAGUGUCCCUAUGACGAACGUAGGUGGAUCUUUGAGUGAUAUUUGGCGACCGGAAGAUAAGGGGCUGCCGAUGGCUAUCUUUUCGUCCAUUCUGUUCAUUGGACCGGCGGCAGGACCACUGGUCGGAGGUGCCAUUGCUAGUGCGACGAAUCUGGGAAAAGGGUGGCGGUACAUCUACUGGACCUUGUUUGCCUUUAUUGGCAUUGUAUGGGUGGCCUCCCUUUUUACGGAAGAGACACUGGCACCGGUGAUUCUAAAGAAGCGGGCAAAGAAACUGAGGAAGGAGACAGGAGAUAAAAGAUACCAGACUGCCCAGGAAAGGGAUCCCAUGGCAUUAAGCAAGGUGCUUGCGAUUUCUCUCCUGCGACCGCUCGAGAUGCUAGUGAUGGAGCCGAUCCUGAUCGCGUUUUCCCUGUACCUGUGCCUUGUCUAUGCCCUGCUGUACAUGAUGUUCUUUGCCUACCCUAUUAUCUUUGAGGAAGGCCACGGCUUCAAUGCGUUGCAAGUGGGACUGUGCUUCAUCUCUCUGAUUAUCGGAAUUUGUGCGUCGAUCGUGUUUGUAUGGGUGGUGAUUGAGCCGAUCACGAAGCGCCGGAUUGCGAAAAGGGGGUAUGCUGUACCUGAAGACAGGCUGAUCCUGAUGUUUGUGGGUGCCAUUUCGCUUCCAAUUUCUCUGUUUAUACUGGCAUGGACAUCCAUGCCGAGCGUGCACUGGGCAGGUGCGCUGGUGGCCGGGCUCCCCACAGGAGCGAGUUUUGUAAUGCUGUACAUUUCGGCGAACUCGUACCUGGUGGACUGCUACCCGAAGGUAGCCGCCAGUGCGCUCGCCGCGAAAACGCUGCUGCGGUCCUUAUGUGGAGCGGCCGUGCCCCUGUUUAUAUACCAAAUGAUGCAUGCCAUGCACAACCAGUGGGCGCUUACGCUUCUAGCCCUGGUGUCCGUGUUGAUGGCGCCCAUCCCAUUCUUCUUUUACAAGUAUGGGCCCGAGAUGCGGAAGAAAUCGCGCUUUGCGACAGGUGAUGAUGAGUAG